AUUUCCGGCGCUCUGCGGGCGGCCAUGUUGGAGCGGAGAGUGCGGCGCAGAGGCGGGUGCGGGUCUGGCGGCGGCCGGUGCCUAGGGUUGUUUUUCCAGUAAUUUUGAAGCACCCGAUUGCCUAAUGCCAUGAAUAUUGCAGUGAACAAUGUGGAAGAAAAAGCUGUCCAUUCCUGGUCGAGAAUUUACUCUGCAGGACAAAAAGUGCUGGAGGAAGCCCUCCGAGUCUUCAAUCCCAUGUCGAAGGACCUUUCAGACACAGAAACCCAGCUGGUGGCCUUCAUUCAGGGCCUCAAGGAAGAGGGCUUCCAGCCCACAAUUCUGAGGAGCAAAGAUGUGUAUGGGUACAGCUCGUGCACAGCAGACACACCUAGCCAGGCGAAAGGGAGCACGCCGCACAGCUGUGCUGCUGCCACCACCUCCAGCCCCCCUAAGACUCCAGCUAGAAGCACUGCAGCCAUGGCGAGGGCAUCUGCUUCCCCCACCAGCAUUUCUGUGAACUCUUCGAGAGUUUCUCCGCCAGUCUCUAAAGGUGAUUCCACAAAUCUGCUGCUGAACUCCUUUAAGCAGACCAGGUCGGGGAAGUCCAAGGCCCCAGCUGUGGGCUUUCCUGCAAGCAUGUAUCCUGAUGUGUAUCCGGCAGUGAGGCUCUCUGUGGUUCUGGAAGCUCUGGUGCCACUGAAAACCCCCACAUCCUGUUUGAAAUCCAAGUACGGACGUGGGCCUCUUGGGGUAUCACCCUCGGACCUUAAACUCCUUAAGGUUUCAAGCCAGACAAGGCAAUUUUCUUCAGGCAAGACCACUAAAAUAAGAGAAGGCAAGCGAUGUAAGCGUGUGGGAAAGAAAGCACCGGAUUCUGCCACCCUCGCUUUAAAUCUUCUGAAGGGACUAAAGGGUGGAGUGCUGCAGGAGAGCAAUGCUUGCAAAGCCUCAGGAGUCCUGAACGGAAGAAUUGCAGGCAGCUCCUCCCAAGGCUGCACCACAGCACCGCAGUCCAAGGCCUUGAAAAUCAAAGCUAAGGAAGCUCCGGUGGGGAAAGCGGAGUGGAAAGAUAGCAGCACUUACCAGGAGACUGUUGGGAAGAAGAGGAAAAGAGUUGCAGAGGCGAGAGAUGCGCCGCAGAGAAAAAAAUCAAAAUCCAUUCCUGUCCAAAAUAAGACUCGACGAGCUCGGAGCACUUUGAACCUGCUGAAAUUUUGGGCCAUCAAGGUGGGCAACUCUUCUUCCGACGAUGAAGUGAGAAGAAGAGCACAGAAGAUUCUUAGAGUCAACCUGUCCCCUGUGAUCCGAAUUCAGCCCUUGUCCCACUCUCACAGCGUCCCCUGAGUUUCUUCACUUGGUCACUUUUUGUAAGUAAAUAUGAUCCUGGCACCGGAGCGUGGUGAAGUUUGAGAGCAACUUUGGAUUUCUGGUGUCUGGUGACUGUACAUCGACCAACCUGCAGACGGAGCAGCCUGCUCUUGUGCUGCUUCUGGCUGUCCACCACCACCACUGUGCAGAACUGGCUGCACGAGUACAGAACCAUGUUUAGGAAUACGGGAUGGUGCCUUUGGCCCACCGUGAGCCGAGCAGGUCAGAGCGCCCGCCUUCUCUGGUCUCUCUUCUAAAUGUGGCAGGCUGUGCUCUCACUGCAGGGUCAGAACACAUGACUUUCUCAUGACAUGGAUGCACUGUGAUAUUGCUCUUUUUCAAGCUGUACAUUUACUGGUUUUAUUUUGAUCAAAUUUUAUAACUUUAUAUAUCCAUAUAUGUGCAUAUAGCCCAGGAACUGUGGGAAGAUGCACUUCCUCCAUCCCUCUGGGAUUGGGUUCGAUAGCUUUUGUUCCCCCUUCCUGUCAGCCAGUCUUUUGUUGAAGGUGCUGGGAUUUCGUUGUGUUUCAGUGUUGUGGCAGUCUGAUCUGGGUGCUCUUGGAACAGCUCAGAAGCAGGCAGAGUUAUAACCACUUGAAAAUGCCAAGCAGUCUGGAGAAUUACCAGCUGGUAGUUGGUACUGUCAUACCUUUUUUAUCCUCGAGAUGAUACUUUUGGUAUUACCUCUUCCUGAAAGUGGGGGAGUGCUACUGCGCUGUCGCUUGCAAUUUUGCUGGAUGUUUCUGGGUGCUUCCUCUAUUAAUUGUAACAGGAGUUCUGAACUCAUCUAGGGGGUUUGCCUCCAAAGAGCAAUCCUACUGGAGCCCAGUGUUGUUCCUCCCUCUCGUACCUCUGUUGCAAAGGUAGAAAAUGAGCUGUGACUGUUACAGCCUUAGGGCUGGAGCUGCUGAUCGGGGUUGCUUGAAGUGCCCUGCCCAUGAUGUAGCUACUGUUGCUGGACACGUCAGGAGCAGGUUCUAGGUGUUGGUAGAGAAGAUGCCCGCUGAGUCUGAAUGUAUUAGAUAAAGCUCACCUGUCUCAGAGUUCAGUGGCAUCUGUGAGCCUGAAUCACUGAAGAGGUGGAUUAUUGAAAGGUAUAAACCAGCACUUACGUGUGGAGAGUUUGUGGGGAUGUCUGUCAGUUUGUGGGGAUGAAGCAAUAGGAGGGGAGAAUCACUGCAUAAUGAUGGAUAGCAGCUUUGCCAACCUCUGGGAUGUUGGGAGAAGGUAUGAGGCAGGCGUGACAGCUCAGCAAAGGCUCUGCUGGUCCCCAGGAGCACCACGUGCCACUGCAGCGGGCUGUGCUGCUGCCUGUGCUUGGGCAGGCAUGGUUUGAAGCUGAGUGAGCAGCACACAGCAGCUGUAGGGGCGGCACACGGGCAUGUACACAUGGCUGUGAUGGGAUGUCAGUGGGGUAUGGCAGUCUGGCAGCCCGGGGAGAGGGAGUAGUGCCUGGCUGUUUGCCGUGCUGCGUUCAGGUCUCUGCAGCAGCAGGCUGGUAAUCCACUCAUUCUCUCACCAGCUCAAAAUACUGAUUGUCUGACCUAGUAAUCUCUGGGGACAUUGGUGGAAGGGAUGAGCUCUCCAGGGAAGCCACAGCUUCUUACGUGUCAGCUCUUCUCUAGCACCAGUCUGGAUUUCAGUGCUUAAUAAAAGGGGUUGGUGUCUGAUCGCCAGCUCAGAGAGCAAAACUGAGGUGGGGAGAGGAGAAAGGAGUUUCACUAGGGAGUGAGAGGGCAGAGGAGCUGGUGUUCUGGGGCACAGCUCAGGCUCAGCUCUCACCCUCGGGAGAUAAUGGCUGGUCCUGCAUCACACGCUCUGCUUCUGGGCAGUUUGACUGUGUGCAGCUGACCUGCUGUCAGACAUCACAACUUGCAGUGUUCAGGACUGACCUGUGAAUGCCGCUGGUUGGCUGCAGAGCAGGAGGAAUGUUUUCUUCUCCUGUGUUUUAAAAUGCCCUGGCAGAGAAUCCCCUUUCCUGACAUGUUCUGGAUGAACAAGAACCCUCCAUCACUGCUAACUGGCCAGAAAUUACUUUGUCCCUUUUGUUCCCACCCCUUCAGACCUUUCUCAUUCCCACGCUCUCAAAUGCCAGGUCUCAAAGUCCUGUGCUGGAGUUUCUCUUUCUGGCAGUGUCCCAGGGAGGGCUCUGUGGUAUCGCUGCUCUCGUGGCUCCUCCGUUCCCAGCCCCAUAUAAGGGCACCAAGAGCUGUCCUGGAGCUUCUUUGUGCAGCACGAGACCUCCCAGCAGUGUGCCUGGGUUCCACUGGGAAAAGCAGUUGCUCAUCCACAGGGCAAAAAAAAAAAAUUAGGGUGACAUUGUUUUUCCUCCAGUGCGAGCAGGAAGCUGAGCACCUGAAGCCAGCUGUCUGUUGCAUCCCUCGCUUUCCUUCUGUUUCUUUGCUGCACUGCUCUCUGCUUCCCUGCUCUUCUGUCACCUCUUAUUUCAUGCUUUGAGUCUGUGCCAGCUGAGGACUUGCCUUGUGCUGCGUUGCACAUUGUGCAGAGCACAGUGCCUCAGCUCCACCUUUCCAGGCACUGUGCUGGAUAGAGAUGUUAUCUUGCCCAGCAUCCUUCCCCGGCCACCAGUGCGAGCUCUGCUCUGCUAGAAAUGCUUUGUGCUAGGGCUGCAUCACAGAAUCCUGCAGGAACGGGAGCACCCUGUAAUGCUGUGCUCAGGGACCUGCAGGUGGUCAGUCCUGCCUCUGUCAGCAUUUCUGUGGCACAGAGCAGCAGGCCUUGAGCUUGCAGGGCCGUGCUGGAGCUCUCAGGCUUGCUUUGCGUUUGCUGAAUUCACAUUGUUAACACCGGGUCUCUGCCAUCCUGACGUCUCCUUUUCCCCAUCACAGAUGAGUUUGGAACCUGGCUGGAAGAAUGGCAGCUCAUUUUUCAUGGAGGGGCUUUGUGGCCUCUGGUGCCAGUGUCAGCCAGUGCAGCCUCGCUGUGACGCCCUGGCAGAGGCGGCGUUGCCUGCAGGCUCUCCACAGCCCGUCUGUGCUUGGUUCUGCCAUCCUUUGUCUCACGCUGUUCUCACGGCUGCCUGGAGCUCCGGGAAGGUCGGGGGGUAUCAAACCCCUUGGCCCUACCAGAGAUCUCCUGAGGUCACUUCCACCCUGUUUGUUCAGUGACAGUGUUGGAUCGUAUGCCUUCCAGGGACUUGCAGCAGCGCUGGCCGCGCAGCGUGUGGAAAACACGUUGCCUGCAGUGUCCUGGUCUCUCCUGACAUGCCGUAUGCAGGUUGCUCAGACCUGCUUCUGUGUUAGUCUCUUUGAAUUCAUCCAAGUGCCUAACCUGGCCUGUGCUGUCCCUGGGCACCGUGACAGCCAAGGGCUGUGGAGACUCUCUAAGGAAUGCUUUUACUGUGUGGAUUUCUGCCACUGUCACUUCUAGUAACAAUUCAGGCAGCGGUCAAAGGGCUGUUCUUCAGACUGAGUUUGUGGAAAUCAUUUUUCUUUUAUUCAGCUGCCAAGAAGCAAGAGUUUAUGCUUCGCUUCCACCAGACGAGGUCUGUGAGCUUCCUGCAUGCUUCAGAUGUCUGUCAGUGAGGUCCUUGGGGAGAGCGGCUUGUACAGCGGGGAGCACACAUCAGACACCAGGCUGAAAUCACAGUGUUAAUUGGUAGAAAUGUUUUAAAACUCGUGUGCGCUGUGAUCAGAUUUCACCUUCUGCUGCUGCUUUCAACUGGAGAAGUUUCUCCUUGGCCUUUUUCCUGCAAGCCAUGUAGCGUGGCACUGCUGCUUCCAAACUGUUUGCUUUCCCCCCAAGUGCCAGCUGCAGUAGUGUCCUUGUACAGAAUUUUGUAAGCACUUUUCUGUGAGAUAAGGGAUUAUUAUUAUUACAGAACUCCUGUUCUGUAGCCCACUGGUGGUGUUUUAGCAUGGAGAGCUGUGCUUGGGAGUCCUUAGAGCUGCACUGGGUUGGAUGGGGGUGGCCCUUUGCCUUGUCAGCUGUGCAGGCUGGGACCAUCUGAGGACAGAGCUCCUGGGCUGUGUGUGCGGCAGUGCUGAUGGCUGUCAGCCAUGGCUGAGCAUCUGUGGAUGUGACGUUCUAGCGCUGUGCUGCCUGCAGAGCAGUAGCGCUGAGGUUGGACCCCUCAACUUGCCUGGGAAGGCAGAGGAUCCCUUAGGCAGAAGCAGAAGCUGGGAUUUGGGGAAAACGAAGAUCCAGCAGUGCCUGGCCAGCCAGCUUCUGCUGCUGUAAGAGAUCUUCAGGGCAAGGGAGCCGCGCGUGCAGUGUCCCCAAAGCAGAGCUUCCACUUACCAGCCAGUAGCAUGAUGCUGGGCACAGGAGCUGCGGUUCUGCAGGACCUUGUGGGGGUGAAACCAGCACUCAUCCUUGUCCUCCAUGAGCUGCUGAGCUGUGGGGCCACAAGGAAGGCGCAGCUGCGCCACAAGUUCCCCUGGCGCCUAUUGCCUGCCGCCCUCUGGAAGAACUGGGGGGGAGAGUGAGCAUCUGAAAUGACUUCCCCCCGUGGGGAUGAUUAGGCCUUGCCCCCAGGGAGUCCCUUAAAGGCCUUAUUAUCCUCUGGGACUCUCUCCUUGUCUUAAUUAGCCCUUCUGGUUCCUGUUGCUAACGGCAGCCCCUGUGUGAGUUUGGUGAUUCCCACGGACAGUGAGGCACGUGGUGCUGCUGUAAAAGUGGGUGCUGCAGAGCUACUGCCAAAACCUGUCAUUCCCAGGGCACAGCCUGCAAAGCAGGGCGUUGGGAGCGUGCCCCCAUUCCCCAUCAAGGCCUGGGACGGGAUGAAGUCAGGGAAGACACUCUGUGUGGUGUGUAGUGACAUUCCCUCCUUGCGGUUCCCAGUGCAGCAUUGCUGGGAAACAUUGCUCCUGGAGCAGGGCACGGCAGGGAUGCGGGGGUCUGUCUCAGCGCAGCCUGGCUGCAGCAGCUCCUUCUCCAACCAUCACCUCUGAGAGAACCACCUCCACAGCUCAGCACGACCACCCUGCCCUGGCCAGGACUGGUGCCACCAGCGCAGCCACCAACGGUCCCCAACAUUUGGGAACCCCAAGUGACACGGGAGCAGCAAUGUGCCGUGCCCAGGCUGCUGGUGCCGCUGCCUCGUCCCCAUGGCUGGGCACACAACAAACUUUAGUAUGGUGAAUUCACAACAACCCACCAUCUUGUUCUCGAGUGAACCUUAUACUGUUUCAUUUGUUUGUGUAGAAUGUUUCUGAAGGUAUAUUUAAUGUUUAAUAUGAGGCUGGGCUGUUCCACACUCAGUGUUGUAUAUUUUGGAAUGGCAUUGUUUAGUGAAAAGACAGCGUUAGUAUUAUUCCACUCUUAGGAGGGAACAGGACAAAAAACAGACUGUCUUUUUUCUUAAAUGAAAUGAACUUUUGUUAUGAAGUCCUAGCAGUUGUCCAGCCCUUCAGUAAAUGGUGCUCAGAACCA